GUGUUUAAUCGAGAUCCAUUACGUAUGCUUAUCACUAUGGGUGCUGAUUUAUCUUGUCGUGAUACAACAUAUGCUAAUACUGCUUUACAUUGGGCUGUUAUACAAGGAAAUCACUCCGCGAUCAAUAUUCUUAUCAAAUUUAAUGCUGAUUUGACUAUUCGAAAUCGUGAUAAUGAAACUCCACGAGAUAUCGCUAUACGUCGUGGUGAUGCAAUUAGCUUACGAAUGUUAGAAAGAGCGGAACGCAAAGCAGGAAUUCUUCCAUCCACAUUCCUCCAGUCGAUAAAAGAAAAUAAUAGUUUUAUCUCAAAAUCUAUGUUGCUUUUGCCGCUUAUCAUUAUAAUAACGAUUGGAUUAAUUUUAAAUUCGAAAUUUUCUUAUAUUUUCAAAACUUUUUGCUUAUUAUUGGUUAUCUUUUCUACUUGGCUCACCUACAGGGUUUUGCCUAGCUCAGAAAGUUGCUCUUUAUUACCAUUGGGCUUGGCAAUUGCUUCUAAAGUGUUGUGUAUUUUUACUUGGUUAUUUUAUUUGCAUCCUUUUGCUGGAUGGCAUAUGCAAAUUAUAUUUUUUUUUCUUUCAUUAUCAGUUCCGAUUUUAUUUCUUCGAAUUGUUUUUGCAGAUCCAGGUGUAAUCUCCGUCACACAUGAGGAACGUUGUAAAAUGAUACGGGAUAUUUGGGAAAAACAACAGGUAGCUGCUUCUUUCUGUGCUACUUGUUUAAUCCGAAAGCCACUCAGAUCGAAACAUUGUUCGAUUUGCGAUCGUUGUGUUCGACGAUUUGAUCAUCACUGCCCGUGGAUUGCGAAUUGUGUGGGAGAAAAGAAUCAUUUAUUUUUUUUAUUAUAUCUUGGCGUUGUUAUUUUAUCAUCAUUGUUGAUGAUUUUUGAUUUAAUGAAUUCUUGUGGAGAGAUCUCACAAAUGACUAUUCUUUAUUGUAAUACAUGGGUUACUUAUAUCGCAUUUAUGUCACUUUAUCAUUUUAUUUGGACUGCCAGUCUUUUUGCAGUUCAAAUUUAUCAGAUCUUAUACGAGAUGACCACCAAUGAAAGAUUAAAUUCAUUUCGAUAUAGGUAUCUUCAUAAAAGUGUCGAUAAUUUAUCUACUAGAAGCCCUUUUUCGUAUUAUUGUGAUAGGGAACUUCGGAAAAUUUGUAUACACCGAUUACAUAAAAAGAAUUUUAUUUCAUUCUAUUGGAAGGAAAAACAAGAAAUACAAAAUAAAUCAAGGAAGCGAGGGAAAUUACAAAAUAAAUGGCUUUGCAGCGGUGAAAAACGCAAGAAUGCGAUAAAUUUUUUAGAUAUUUUAGAUUGCGUCUAUAAUAUAAAACAAAUAUAA